AUGAGUGCUCGGGCCAAAGGGCAAGGUGAGCUUGAGACCAUCGAGCUUUGCCAUGCAAGCGGAGCAACUGCUCAGGUUUACCUUUGGGGUGCCACGCUUACCAGCUACAAAACCGCAGAUGGCACAGAGCGAAUAUUCGUGUCCCCUGGAGCUCUUUUUGACGGCAAGAAGGCCAUACGAGGUGGAGUACCGGUUGUUUUUCCACAGUUUGGACAACCGGACAAGGCUAUGGCGCAGCACGGAUUCGCACGGACCAGCUUCUGGUCAGUGGCCUCGAUAGAGGACAGUCCGGAAGCAUCGACUGUGGUGCUCGCACUUGCCGACAGCGAGGCCACGAGGUCUGUUUGGAACUUUCCGUUUAACUUGGAGUACGUCGUAAGUCUUUCGGCUGUGUCUCUGAAGAUGACGCUGAGAAUAAAAAACACAGGGGACGUCGCCUUUCCCUUCCAGGCCCUGUUGCACACUUACUUCCGGGUGCCCGAAGUUCAGAAGGUGGCGGUGCGGGGCCUUGGAGGCCGAACGUACCUUGACAAG